AUGUAUCGGCAAAUCAGAGUACACGAGGAGGACCAGUCAAUGCAGAGAAUUCUCUGGAGAGAAUCGUCUCAAGAGUCAAUAAAGACGUAUUUAUUGGAGACAGUUACUUACGGAACAGCUUGUGCUCCUUUCCUUGCAGUCAGAUGUCUCCAGCAACUGUCCGUGGAAGAAGAGCAGAAAUUUCCAUUGGCCGCUGUCACAGCGCAAAGAGAUUUUUAUGUGGAUGAUGUACUCACGGGAUCUUCAGACGUGACAACAGCACAGGAACUUCAACAGCAACUACAUAACAUGCUACAGAGUGGUGGAUUUAUGCUGAAAAAGUGGGCUUCCAAUUCAACAGAAGCGUUGGAACAUGUUCCUGUGGAGGAUCAAGAGACCAGCUCUUCUCUCGAUCUGGACAGUGAAGGGACAAUUAAGACAUUGGGGAUGCACUGGAAUCCAUUCACGGAUGAAUUUCGGUUUACUACCACUGAAUUCAAUUCAACAAUUACCAAACGCAGCAUUUUAUCUGAUAUUGCCAGGAUUUACGAUCCUUUGGGAAUUCUUGCUGCAGUGACAAUUUCAGCAAAAAUUUUGCUUCAAUCUCUGUGGAAAGUGAAAAUGGAUUGGGACACCGAAUUGAGCUCCGGAAUCCAGAAAAAGUGGCAGCAGUAUCAAGUAAAUAUUUACAGUGUAGUGACACAAAUAACAAUUCCUCGACAAUUUACAAGUUUUCAGUCAGUCAGUGACGUGCAAUUGAUUGCAUUCUGUGCAGCUUCAGAGGAAGCAUUUGCUGCAAGUGUGUAUGUGUGUACAGUGGACAAUCAGGGACAGAGGUGUUCUCGUUUGUUGUGUGCAAAAACGAAAGUAGCACCCCUGAAAGAAGUGUCAAAUUCGCGUUUGCAAUUGUGUUCUGCUGUAUUGCUUGCAAAUCUUCUCAAAAAAGUGCAAAGUGCUCUUACAGUACAAGUAUCAGAUAUUCUCGCAUUUACAAGUUCAAUGUUAGUGCUAAACUGGGUAUCUGAGGACCCUUCUAUGUGGCAAACUUUUGUAAAAAACCGUGUAACUGUCAUUCAAAGUGUUGUAUCAUCAUCUCAGUGGCAUUUCGUCGCGCCCCGAGAGAACCCGGCAGAGUUGGCAGCUCGUGGAGUUCCAGCAAGUGAACUCACGGAAUAUUCAAUUUGGUGGCAGGGUCCUACAUGGCUUGCAAACAGUGAAAUCAAUCCUCAGCCAGUGGAGUUUGCCCAGGUUAACCUUGAGGAGCUUGAAAUGCGCAGCAGUGUUGUUUUGGUGAGCGCACAAAAUUCUUUCUGGGAAAUAACAAGCCACUUUUCCUCAUACUUGAAGUUGAUUCGAUGUAUUGCGUACUGGAGACGGUAUGUGCGCAAUCUACAUGCAAAAUGCAGGAAGAUUGAUGGAAUUUCUGGGCGAUUGUCUCCCCGUGAAGUUAAGGAAGCAGAAACCACACUCCUCAGACACAUUCAAGCUGAAUCCUAUCCAGAAGAGCUCAAAUCCCUUUAUUCAGGAAACUCGGUGUCACGUCAAUCACGCAUUCUCAAUCUGAAUCCUUUCAUAGAUAACAAUGGCAUCAUGAGAGUUGGUGGGAGAAUUUCUCACGCAUCCGUGUCCUAUGAACAGAAGUUUCCCAUCAUUUUGCCACAAUCACACCGCGUUACGGAGAUGAUAGUUAGAGAGAUACACCAAGAUCUUCUUCAUGGAGGUGCUCAGUUAAUGUUAGCACACCUUCGUCAAUCUUUCUGGCCAGUUAGAGGACUUGACGUUUGCAAGAGGAUUAUUAGACAGUGUGUCACAUGCUUUAAGGUUAAACCAGUGCCGAUGACACACAUUAUGAGUGAUUGUCAUCCAUCCAGAGUCACAGCAGUUCAUGCCUUUCACCAAACAGGAGUGGAUUUUUGUGAACCAGUGUACAUCCGGGCACCAGUUCGAUCCAAAACGAGGCUAAAGAUGUACAUUGCCUUGUACAUUUGUUUGUCCACGCGUGCUAUUCACAUUGAGUUAGUAUCCGACCUGACCACCGACGCAUUCAUUGCCUCUCUUAAGCGAUUUGUUUCUCGUCGUGGGAAACCAGCAGAGAUUUUGUGUGAUAAUGCAACAAAUUUCGUCGGUGCAGCAAGAGAGCUAAAAGAGAUGGCAAAACUCGUAGAAUCCGAAGAGCAUCAGAGACAAGUGACCGAUUCAGCAUCGAAACAAGGAAUAAAUUUUAAAUUUAUUCCACCCCGCAGCCCACAUUUUGGUGGAUCUCGGGAAUCCAUUAUCAAGAGAAUCAAAUAUCAUCUGCAAAGGACUGUGGGAAAUUCACAUCUCACACAGGAAGAGAUGCUGACAGUACUAGCCAGAAUUGAGUCCUGUGUAAAUUCUCGUCCGUUAACACCAAUUUCUUCGGAUCCAACGGACAUGGAAGUGUUAACUCCGGGCCAUUUCCUUAUUGGACGCCCUCUCACUGCUCUUCCUGAACAAAAUCUGUUAGAGAUCCCUGAAGGUCGACUAAAAAAGUGGAAAUUGGUAGACCAGAGAAUUCAGCAUUUUUGGCACCGAUGGACAUCUGAGUAUUUGCACACUCUUCAGCAGAGGCGCAAAUGGACUUCGCAGCACUCACCCAUCGCCAUUGGGAAUAUGGUGAUCAUCAAGGAAGACAACCUUCCUCCGCUGAAAUGGCACAUGGGAAGAGUGGUACAAAUUUAUCCAGGUGCAGAUGGAGUCCCUAGAGUGGCUACAGUGCGCACAGCUUACGGCACAUACAAGAGAGCAGUAGCUAAGCUGUGCAUUUUGCCUUUUACCCAGUGA